GCUGUGUUCGACGCCCGUGUUGUUGCUGAGAUAAGCUCGUGCGGUGGGGCUUCGCGCUAAGCGUUAGUUUGCGUAGCUGCAUGGUUGCACGCGCAGCGAGAUCGCCGUUCGCUGUACGUUACGUUACUGACCAGCAGCCGCAAACUUUUGGGAGAUGGGGAAAAACCGCAAGCGUUUGAGAGGAAAGGGAGCAGCUCAGGCUCCAGGAGCUGGAGCACAACAUGGCAUGCGGCCCGCGGCGCCUCCUCCCCCUCACGGGUUCCGCGGUGCUGCUCCCGUCCGCCCGAUGGGCCCCCCUGGACAGAGGUUCCCUGCGCCCCUUCGCGACUUCGGACCCCAGCCCCCCAGAACGGUGAUGAUGGGCAACAUGGAAGAGGACAGAGGGUUUAUGCGUGAGCCGCAGGGAUUGACGAUGGACGGUAUUCCCGACAGACGUUUGGAUGGACCUGAUCCACAUUUCCAUCAUCCGCCAGAGUUUGGGAACAGACCACCAGCACCGCGGUUUUACCGUCCAGAGCUUGAAUAUGCUCUCCAUUCUCCGGAGUUUGACGACAGGCCUCCCGACUUCUGCCCGCCCGAGUUUGAAGGAGGACCAGGUUUCCACAGGAUGGACCCUGGAUUCGCCCGAGUGGAGCAGUAUGGUCCCGCAGACCCGCAUUACAUGCCACAGCUGGAUGUACAUGGCAAUCGUGCGUUUGGAGAUAGAGGAGGGUUUGCUGGACCACUGCCACCUGAUUUCCGGGGCCCAGGUCCAGUACAGCCACCAACUGAAGCGUUUAAUGCCACUAGCAUGGCUCCUCCUGUGAAAGGUUGUCCACCCCAACCUCCGAAGAAAAAAGAUCAGCCAGCUCCGAAAGAGACUGAACCUCCUAAAUCAAUGGCAUCAAAGAUAUCAAAAUUCAAGAAUAUUUCUGCAAAUACUCCUCGUGGACGCUCAUUGGGAGUAAUUUCAUUCAUUGGUAAUAAUUGUGGUUUCAUUGAACGGGAGGAUUUGAAGAAAUUUUCUUUUAUAUUUGAUGCUUUUUUUGGAAACCGAGCUCACCUGGUGCCUGGGGUUAAAGUGCAUUUCACAGCAGUGAAAAACCUGGGAAAAGAAUGUGCGGUUGAUGUGAAAGUGUCACCAGGAGGAACAGAAGACAUUGACAGUACGAUGUAUGAAGGCGUAGUUCUCACAGCCCUUCCUGAUGACGAUGUCAAGGAGGCUAAUCCUGGCCGCAUCAGGACUGUUAUCUCUAAGGAUCCCAUUAUAUUGCCCUUUGGAAAGGCAGACAUCAAUGUGACUCUGCUGCUGUAUGACCGUGUGGAGUUCCAGUUGCUGACAAAUGUUAUUACCAAGGAACAAAGAGCCACAAACAUCAAACCAAAAACACCCAACACGUUUCAGCUCACCAAAGAAAUCAGGGAGAUGGGUGUGGUUAAGAACAAGAGCGAUGGAACCCUGACCAUCAUUACAGAGAAACAUGAUAACCUCACGGCCUCUGCUACUGACAAUUUAUCAGAUGAUGAGCUGAAUGUCAUGGAUGAAGUGGAGCUCACUAUUUUGACUGUGAACAACACAAAGAAGGCCGUCCGACUCAAAAAGCUGCCCGAGGGCUCUGUGACCUUUAAUCAAAAAGCAAAAGGCAAUGAAAAGUGGAAGCCCGUGACCAUGGAGGCUGGUUCUCAAGAUUCAGUCUCCUUAGACGUAAGCAGUGAGAAAUACGAGGGGACGAUUACCAAAAUCGCCCCAAAGAAAAGCCCAAGCCAGGAAAAUGUGGUAGGCUUUCACCCUCCUAUCUUAAUUAGUUGGUUCAGUUUGAUAAGGUUUGGAGCAGAGCUUUGCAGAGAGGGGCUUGUUGACAAGCUGGAUGAUCAUUUUGGGUUCAUCAAGACACAACAGGACCCGCAGCUAUUUUUUUACUUAAGUGAGGUUAUGGAGGACACCAAACUCACGUUGUCUGAGAAGGUUGAAUUUACCUUAGUACUGAGUCAAGCAGCUGAAGGGGGAAAACAAGCUGUUAGAAUAAGAAGGCUGAAUGAAAGCGUCUUCACAUCUGCAACAAAAUUAGAGGCCUUUGGAGUAAAAGAGAAGAAGAAAAUGACUAUCAAAUUGCUGAAGCAUCCGAAAGACCAAUUCAAGGAGGAGGUCGAAACAGAAGACAAAGGCAGUGAAUCAAUGGAUGUAGACAAGCCAAACAAGGGAAAAGACCGAGUACGGAGCAUAAGCAGGGAAAAUAGUCAACGUAGGUAUAGUCGAAGCAGAAGCCGGAGCCAAGACAGAAGCAUGAGUUGCUACAGAAGUUCCAGUCCUGAGAGGAGGGACGGUCAAUACAGAUACAAACGCUGUCGGAGCAAAGAGCGUGGAGAGGGAUACCGCCGGAGUCGCAGCAGAAGCAAAGAAAGGAGCAGCCAAAGUGCCAGGAAGAGAAGCUGCAGCCCUGCCGACACAAAGAGAGUUAAAAGCCCUGACAAUGUAGAAGAACUAUUGAGAAAAAGGAGAGAGCUAAUGGAACUCAAUGAGUUGAUUGCACGUAAGAAAGCUAUUGUCGCUAUGGAGCAAAAUGCAAAACAAAUUGAACCUGAGGAUGGAAAAAGUGGAGUUACAACAUUUGAUUAUCAACAUGUGCAUCAUGAGAACAUUUGGAUGCCUGACCUAAAACCAGUGAAGUCCAUCUUGAAGAAGCAGUCUGAACCUCACACUGAUUCUCAAUCUCAGGCAUCUACAAGCAAGGAAACUGCUGCUUUUUUUGUAAAGAGUCAGAGUCAAAAGAUGCAAAUAGGAUACCCCCAACAGACUUGUGCUUUUGGCUCAAAUACACCUGGCUGCUCAACGUUUGAAAGUACUGCUGAGAGGACUUUGACCACUGCAUCUUUAACUCCGAUUCAGGAUCCAGAAUUUGUGAGAAAAAAGAAGCAAAUAGAAGAUCUCAGUGAGUCCAUAGCACGCAAAAAAGCGAUAACUGCCAUUGAACAGAAGGUCAAAGUUGUUCGGGAAAUGCCUGAAAUGGAAACGGAAUACAAGUUUGACUCUCACACAGAGAACCAAUUUGUAAUGUCUAAAGGGAACUUAUGGAGCUGCGAAAUAAAACCUACUAUUCAACUGAAAAAGUCAAUUUUGAAGAAAUGCUCAGGGAUUCUGUCUCAGGUUUGUUCAUUGUGGAUUCUGCCAUAUUUGCUUGGCUGCCUGCAGAAGAAAAUGACUAUCAAAUUGCUGAAGCAUCCGAAAGACCAAUUCAAGGAGGAGGUCGAAACAGAAGACAAAGGCAGUGAAUCAAUGGAUGUAGACAAGCCAAACAAGGGAAAAGACCGAGUACGGAGCAUAAGCAGGGAAAAUAGUCAACGUAGGUAUAGUCGAAGCAGAAGCCGGAGCCAAGACAGAAGCAUGAGUUGCUACAGAAGUUCCAGUCCUGAGAGGAGGGACGGUCAAUACAGAUACAAACGCUGUCGGAGCAAAGAGCGUGGAGAGGGAUACCGCCGGAGUCGCAGCAGAAGCAAAGAAAGGAGCAGCCAAAGUGCCAGGAAGAGAAGCUGCAGCCCUGCCGACACAAAGAGAGUUAAAAGCCCUGACAAUGUAGAAGAACUAUUGAGAAAAAGGAGAGAGCUAAUGGAACUCAAUGAGUUGAUUGCACGUAAGAAAGCUAUUGUCGCUAUGGAGCAAAAUGCAAAACAAAUUGAACCUGAGGAUGGAAAAAGUGGAGUUACAACAUUUGAUUAUCAACAUGUGCAUCAUGAGAACAUUUGGAUGCCUGACCUAAAACCAGUGAAGUCCAUCUUGAAGAAGCAGUCUGAACCUCACACUGAUUCUCAAUCUCAGGCAUCUACAAGCAAGGAAACUGCUGCUUUUUUUGUAAAGAGUCAGAGUCAAAAGAUGCAAAUAGGAUACCCCCAACAGACUUGUGCUUUUGGCUCAAAUACACCUGGCUGCUCAACGUUUGAAAGUACUGCUGAGAGGACUUUGACCACUGCAUCUUUAACUCCGAUUCAGGAUCCAGAAUUUGUGAGAAAAAAGAAGCAAAUAGAAGAUCUCAGUGAGUCCAUAGCACGCAAAAAAGCGAUAACUGCCAUUGAACAGAAGGUCAAAGUUGUUCGGGAAAUGCCUGAAAUGGAAACGGAAUACAAGUUUGACUCUCACACAGAGAACCAAUUUGUAAUGUCUAAAGGGAACUUAUGGAGCUGCGAAAUAAAACCUACUAUUCAACUGAAAAAGUCAAUUUUGAAGAAAUGCUCAGGGAUUCUGUCUCAGAGUGACACAACCUCAGUUGAUGAAUAUGGUCAGCCAAGUCAGGAUGAUGAUUCUUUUACAAAACCACCUUCUCAGACAGCAGCUUUGCCAUUUAACAGGUCCUCAAAUCCACAACCCAUUCAUCCUGGUACUUUGGGAUUAUUCAACCGGAUCAUGAAUGAGUCUUCAACAGCCUCACAAAUGACUGAAACACCCCUUUUUAACAAGCCAGUUAUCCCACAGUCACUCAUGCAGGCGUCCAGUUCAAGGUCUUUACAUGACCUGAAAAUUUCCAACGUGUCUAAAGGUAACAAUUCUCAGGAAGACCAACACAGGGCAUCAUCUCGCCUGCCUCAUGACCAUCCCCCGAGCAGUAACCCUUCGAGUCAGACUUCACCAUCAGAUCCAAAGCGCAAUCUUCCAACUCAAAUGGAGCGCUUCCUUAGUGCUCUCAACAAGGCCGACACCAGUGUUGUUAACUCAUUGUUUCAAGAGGCUAGAAAAGAUCUGGCUCUAAUGAAAACCCAGAAACCCACACAACCACAAUUAGAUAGAAGCAUACCCUUCAUGGACGAAAUAUACGAUCCUUUUAAAGAAGAUGAAGACAAUUACCAGCCUUCCCUAAUGCGAAAACAACCUGGCAGAGAACGAGUAAACACUGAAACCCAUUUGAGUAACCCCAGUAAAGAUGACCUCUUGCCUCAUGAAAGAACUGUUCAGGAAAGUAGUGGCUUUUCUCGGCUUUUUGGAAUGAGGUAUGGUGUAGACCCUACUGCAAAAGCGGAGAAGAAAAGUCUGUAUGGGCAUCCGAUGGUUUCAGAAAAUUGGAGUGCACAUAAAGAAGGUCCAAAUCAGUUCUCUGGGCCAUGGAAUCAGUAUGAAGAGGGAACUAAUCUGUGUGCAACAGAACACAAACAUUACACUGAUGAUGGCAGUCUGUAUAGGGACCGUAGUCGGUCUGUUGAGUACCAGAAAGUCAAUCCAAAUGUCCAGCACUCCUACGUAGAGGACAGAGAGAUGCCUGAUAGUAACUUUGACAAAAGCUUAGCUUGUCAGGUGUCUCAAGAAAGCAGUGAGGAUAAAGUCAGAAAGUCAGAGAACUUUGAAAAAAUUCAGAGUCUUCUUCAAACAAUAGGACUUCAUCUAGACACAGCAGAGGUUAGCAAAUUGGCAGACAGGACACAAGAGCGAUUGUAUGGUAAGAUGAGAAAACCUCAAACCUCAAAAUCUCACUCUUUUGAACAGAAAAGGGAGCAAUCAGUGAGUCAAACUGAGCAAAGAGGUAGUAGUAGUAGGGCAGAUUCUUCAGACUCCGAAAGCUUCCGAUCUGUUUCCCCAGCUCAGUCCUCAAGUCGAAAGGUUUACAUGAGCUAUAAGGACUCAGUAAAAUACAAAGACCAGCACAAAGUGGAAGACGUAGACCUAACUAGGAUUAAGAGAACUGUAGUGAAUUUGAAACCAGCAACCGACGAACAAGACCCUUACAAACCUGAGCUGACCGCAGUUUCUCAAGCUUCGUACCCACCAGUGACCAUUGCAACCACUGUUCAGCCUGACGGUUCCCAGUAUGUCCAAAACUCCACUGUUUCCACCUUUUCAGCUUCACAAUAUUCGCAAUAUCAAAGUAGUGAUCAACAUGUUUGGGGUUCUGUGGUCCCUGGUCUGUACCCUUAUGGCACUGUACCUUCAUCUCCUUAUGCUAUUGGUCACCAAGCAAUGGCGCCACAUAUAAUGCCUGCUUAUAGUUCGUACCCUGCACAAAUGGCCAAUCCAUAUUGUGUACUUCCUCCACUCUCCAUGCCACAUCCCUAUGGUCCUCUAUCUACCCUCAACCCUCUCCACCUCUCCGCAAUGGCCUCUGCUUACACUAACCAAGCGGCUAGUCAAAUCCCAACUGAAUCUAUAAAUACAACGCCUGUUAGGUGCCUAAAAAAAAUAAAAACCGUUCCAACAGUUAAAGCAGGGCCUGCUACCAUAACAGAAGAUGACAUCAAGGCUAGGCAGAAGAUACGGCUUGAACAGUUUAACCAGAGAAUGAAGCUGAAGAAAGAGCAGCAAAUGGAAGCCCAGCGUUCACGUGGACAAAAUCGGAAUUCAGCUCCAGGUAAAAGUAUCCCCGAUGAGAUAAAGAAUGUGUGGAUAUUUGGCCACUCUCUUGUGUUUUGGGCUGAGAAGAGGGCUACCUCCCCUGAGUAUGGAAUGCAGUUGGGCAUGCACCCAGACUCAGUGCGCAUCUGGUGGAAGGGCGUGCAGGGCAUGACGUGGCAACAGCUUGUACCUUUGCUGCUCCAGCGUAAAGACAACUGGCCCAAACCUGAUGUACUUAUAAUUCACUUGGGUGGAAAUGACAUAAGCACAACUGCUCCAGAGGCCUUUAUUGAGACUGUGAAGAAAGACAUGUCCUCACUGAAGAGCAUAUUCCCCAAAUGCCGGUUGGUGUGGUCCAGCAUUCUUUCACGGCAGUCCUGGAGGGGUACAGAAGCCAGCAAAGAAAUGGACAUUAUCCGCAUGGCCAUUAAUAAGAGCAUAUGUACAAUUAUGACAGAACUUGGUGGCUUUGCUUUGAGACACUGCAACAUAACGCCCAGUUCAGGACUCUACAGGCCAGAUGGGAUUCACCUCUCUGGGAAUGGUAUCGAUGUCUUCAAUCUGAACAUGCAGGCUUUUCUGGAGAAAUGGGAGCGUAAGACUAAUAAGACCGAGACAUCUGACCCAUCAGUUUGAGAUGAGGAAAUUCCUGUAACAGUCAUUCGUUUUGUUCUGCUAAGGCGGAUAUCAGCUUGUACAGUGUCAUUACAUUCUUGUAUAUCCUUUGUUGUUGUUUUGUUACUCCAAAAUGGAUUGUUAAACAACCUGUGUAGAAUUAAAGCAGAUUUGUUUUCUAUACAUGCGUAUUUUGGAAGAAUGUGUUAGAUUUUAGGUUUUACUUGUUCUGUUUUAUUCAUUCAGUUUAAUGACAAAAACAAGAAAAUUGAAAUUAUUCCAUUUUAAUACGGAAUAAACUUUUCUUUAUAUCUGAGAUCUCGUGUAUGAUAUAAAGAAUGUUCUCCACACCUCCACUUGCAUGUUUUUAAGUGUGUUUUCAUCAGGAAGCAUGAGCCCCAUUGAAUGCUUUUUUCUAUCAUUAAAUCUGAUCCACAAAUCAGCACAGGAAAUGGCAAAAAGUUUCCAGUCAGUCUGGGUUGGUUAGUAACAUAUGACUUGUCCAAAUACCCACACUUGCGGUCUUUGCACUUGACUACUUCUAUGUCGUAUUUCCUGUAUUU